GCCAGGAGCACAAGGCUCCCGCCGACAUAGCUCUGUGGGUCGACGAGGCACACAAGCCACCACACCACUACAAGGUAAGUUGCACCAAUUGGUGGUGGCAUAGAUGUAAUCUGCGCAAUAAAGAAAGGCUUUAAAAAUUGUCUAGAUGUGUUUCUUUUCUGAGACAAAUUGUGACAUAGAUGCUGUUAGAAAUGUGUGCGUGUGCGUGAGUGCAUGCAUUUGCGGAUGUCAGUGCCAAAUAAAAUUAGUCGCUGGCUAUCAUUUAACACAAGGAGAUCAAAACAAUCUUGAACGAGCUUUGAAAACUCCGAUGGUUCAAAUGUCCUUGUAACCUCCUACACCAGAUCGUGUUUGAACGUUGGUGAAUGUUCAGUCCUGCGACACCAGCCACAGUGUCACAACACACUCCUCACCCUCCUACACCCCCACCAGGCCACCACCACUUGCUUCUUAAUUUGAGUUGGUGUCGUCGCAUAGCUAUUGAAACAUUCUCGCAAUUGCUUUCUCUCUCUCUUUUUUUUUUUUUUGCAGCACCUGAGCACGCAGUCUUAAUCUUUUCAACACAAAGAACACAACAUUCAAACGACUCAUUUGCCUCGACUUUAUUCGAGGCGCCGAGUAAAAUCCUUUGUGGUUGCCGCAGCCUGUGAAGAUCGCAAAGAAUUGAUGGUACGUGUGUCUACACCGUGUCUUCCCUCGCUCGCAGAAAGCAGACAGCCUCUCUACCCCACCCCACCCACCCUUUUACUGUCAUACCACUUUGGCUCAAUGCCAAAAUUACUCCCCAUCCUGUUUGUGCCAUCGCGAAGUUGUGUCAAGCUCGCACAUACGCAACAGCAGUUAAGGGAAGCAAAAACAAGAAGAAGAAAAAAGGCAUAAAAGGGCGCAGACUGCGGCAGAUGUCUCUGUCUCAAAGUGUAUCUGACUCAUCUCGCGGAUUUGCCAACAAUUACUUAUUAUAAAGAGUGAAGGACCCGUAACAGCGUUGGGGGAGGGGGUUGUGCAAAAUAUGAAUGUAGUAAAAUAAAUUUAUGUGAAAUAUACUGGGAACUGUGAAGUGUGACUGAACACUUUACUUGAAUGACCCGUACUUGCUUUGCCAUACAAAACCCACAUACAUGUGCUACUUGAGGACAUCUUUGCUCAUGAAUCUCCGUCAAUGGGGCUGUAAAUGCAUUUUUUUUUUAAAACUGUUUAUCACGGAACUAAUUUUUUAAGCCCCAUGGAAGCCUUUAUUGCGCAGACUACAUCUAUACAAGCAGAUUCUAAAGAAACAGUAGACAAUACAGUAUUAAGGUUUCUGUAUGGCAAUUAUUGCUGUAUAAGCCAACCCCAAGUCUACUUACUGUUAGCAACACUAAACAGGAUGUAUUAUUUGAAGAGGGCACUUGACAAAGGCGAUUUGAAGAUGGAGAUAUCACAGUGAAUGUGACACUUUACUGAGCUCUGUUCGCCGCAUGCCUCAAUCAUCCAUUGUUUCGACGAGUUACCGACAACGACAACUAAACAGGAAAUCCUUUGAGGUAUUGACUGUUUACAUUGCUGGCAGUUCAAAGUUUUCUCCGGAAUCGUGCUGGAUUUUCUCAGAGUGCCAAAAGCCUUGUCAGUUAGUGCGACUAUGUGCUUGCAAAGGUUUCUCAUCUUCAGAAAUGCUUCUUCUUCGCCUAUGAAUUCUUCAUAAUUUUCUUCGAUGUUUUCCUCGAUAGCUUUUGAGCUUUAGUGAAAUAUUCACCAGCUGCCUCGUGAAGUUAUGAUACUUGUAGGAAAUUGGGUGUAAACCAAAAGAAUUGUGUUUCACGCUCUUCCAAAGUUUCUGCAUUGUCACAUGGUCACUUUUACUACAGUCCGUGGUCUUAGUAUGGAUGGCAUCCAACGUUGUGGUCAACUCACGCACAGUGUCUGUGUGUUGCGGCGACUAUCAUCUGAAUGGUACAAAUGUAUAUACAUGUACUCAUCUCAUGUCUUAUGCCAAUUUUUUUUUAAUGGCUGAUGAUGAAACUGUACUUCACCCUACUUUGAACGGGCCCCCGAGUUGAAAGUUAGAUAAGGGAUAGCCUUCGUGCACAAAGCGGGCACAACACUGCAACUCAUAUAUCAAAGGCUGUAACAAAGUCUAGGCUUUAUAAAUCGUUAAACUAACCUGGCUCUGAAAGGGAAAAAAAUAGUGGUAACGGGAGGGGUGGUUGUACAAUACCGCCUGCUUUUAUGCAAAUUGCUCAGCUGGAACAAAUUGGCUACAGGCCAGAAAAUGACGGACUCCAAAAUCAAUCUACAAUACAAACAACUUUAUUGAUCUCCAUGGACAAUUCAAGGUAGUGAUAGUACUAGCAAUAAUAUACAUAUACAUGAUAUAAAAAGAGAUAAUAUAAACGUACAUAUUGAAAUAGUAUCUCUCUUGCACACACACACACUCCCAACAGCAGAUACAGUUGGUGACCCCAGGUCACCUCAGCCUAGCACAAGAUGACGGCCAGUAGAGUUUAUCAAGUGAAUGACACGUGGAAUGAAUGAAUUGCGGUGAUGAUUGGUUCUACAUACAAACAUCGCGUAACUAAAGCCAGACUACAAGAGUGAAAAUUCACAUGCCAACACAUGAUCAGAAAUAGUAAGAGUGAGAACUCACUUGCCAACACAUCAUCUGAAAUACAGUGGAUGCAUGAUGCUUUCCUGACGAUUUGCUGAUGGCAUAUGGCUGCCAACCCUCUGUCUGGUUUCGCUGAUCUUAGAACAUAUAUUAACAGGGGAGACAAGACUGUUUGUGCUCACUAGGGAGAUCGAGGCUGUGGAACCAAGAUAUGAAAGAAAAAGUGAUGAGACUUUCAAUUAAGGACUGAUAAAACCGAGUGAGGAGGACAGAGCUGAUGGAGAAAGAUCUGAGUUUCCGUGAUGUUGGCUCUUACAGAGGAUCAUGUCAGUGUUGAUGUCCCAUUUAAGCUUGUUGUCAAAGAUUCUACCUAUAUAUUUGUAAGAAUCGACUACUUCGAUAACAUCAUCAUAGAUAAUGCACAACGUUAAAGCAGUUUCUUUCAUUGUUUUUUUUUUUUUUGUUUGUUUUAAAAUAAAGUGAGAUCUUAGAAAGUGUCAAUGACUGUCACAACCAUCACGAAGACGAUAACGUAUAGUCAGGUUUAAUAUAUCGAUGCACCUCAUGGGUGUAACUCUGCCACAACAUGGUUCCAUGGUACAAGGAAGACACCCCCUCCCCAGACAAGGUUCUAACCGACAUUUGAUAAUUUUAGUAUAAAAUCUGAGCAACAAGAAAACCUGGCCGAGACAGGGCCAGUGAAGAAACAGACUGUGUCAAUAUUUUCGGGAAAAAAUUGUUAAGAAACUUUUUCUUCAUUCCACACAUUGAUGAGAGCGUGGCCCACAACUAGGCUAACACCUGAAAUUUGAAUUCGACCUUUCAAACAACAGUGGGACGAUAUUUUGGAUUCGUUCAGCAGCAAUCGUAAGUUCUCGUCCUCUUGGCAUCUGUGAACUGCAACAAAACUCAGACAAAACCUUCGUGAGUCUUUGCUGAAAAAGACUGAAGGUAAAACUGAAGGAAAAUUUUACCAGAAAAUUUUACCAGUGCGCUGAAGUCAAGGCAAAAUGCAAGUGGUCUGAAGCAGUUUUCGUGAUUUGAAUAAGUGAAAGAUGUGGUUUCUCAGUCUAAACUAAAGCAGCACCAGAAGAAAAGAUAAGAUUGAAUUGUGAGGUUCGUUUCAAAAAGAAUUGAAAUUAAUAAUGAUCAAAUAAGCCCAACAAAUGUGGGACCAUGAGUGGAUAUGGGUUGUGACUCCCAGUGCUGCAGGCUGACAAGGUGUAGAAAGAUGCAGGUCUUGAAGAUGUUGACGACUCUUCAUAACACUGGGCCUUGGUCAGCAUCUUCCUUUAUAGAGAACAUCAGCAAAUACCACGAGACGACGACAGCAACAGCUGUGACAACAUGACUACACGAGCCAAGGAACAUCACACCUUCGUUAACCCUUCAUUAACACCCUCGUUAACCCUUCACCAUGCAGUCUUCUGUGUCCCGAUGAGCAAAGGGACAAAACAACAGCUGGUCACCAACAUGAGGUCACAUGAUCUUGCCAUUCUCCACCUUGGUUUACGCAGGGUUUUUAAAAUUUUAAUUUCGACCCUCUGCAAACGGAGGAUCAUCUGCAUGACCAAUAUAUGCUCUCGGGUAGGUAAGUAUGCGAGUGCGUUUAUAAUUGUGUGUGUUGAUGUUUGCGACUGUGUAGUGUCACGGAACGAGCUCGUAUAUAGCUAAACAGAAGAGUGCUGGGAGUGUAUAAUCUUCAUACUUUGAUUGUAAGAUUUGUGAAAGGUAAGCCGAAAUGGUAAGCCCCCUUAUUGUCUAAUGACCUUUUAAUUGCUAUUCGAUCAGUGGGUGAAUGGAUGAUUAUUUUCCUGUUGUGAUUGAUCGGGGGCCAGUGCCCUGGAUGUCAACAUUGCGUCUUUCGUUAUAGAUGUUCAUCGAUCGCCUUUAGAACGAUGUGUUGAGGCGAAUUGUUGACAAAUAAGAAUUUGUGUUGUAGUGUGUAAAGUCCUGAGAUACUCGAUAACGAAAUGAACAUGAUGUGGGGGCAGUGGGCAGCCUCAGACAAUCGUUUUGUUGUGUGUUGAAAGAACGUGCACUUGGCUGGCUGAGUGUGUUGUCAGACCACCCUUAAAUUGCCGUGACAAUGUGUGUGUGUGCACGCGCGCGCGUGUGUGUUGUCAAACUGUGAAAGGCGCACUCUCAUUGCACCAUAGAGUCGCAACAAUUUUUUUUUAAUUUUUUUUUUGAGCUAGUGGGUGUGCCGAGAAGGUAAAGCAACUGCGCAGUUGACUCGGCGCGGCAGAUUCGCUGACUCAUUAUACGACUGUGGCUCAAGUACAUGUGACACAGCUCUUCCUUUCCUCUUCAUCCACUCGGCCAACAUGACAGUCAAAAACAGUCUAACGUACUCGUGGUGUAGCCUCCAAACAUAUCACUCUUUUCUCUGGAGAAUUCUACUCCUGAAUUCACAUGGAGGAAACUUUCUUGGAAGUAGCCUGUGUCACGACAUGACCCUGUGACAGCAGAGGACUUGUGACACAUUUCCACAUAUAAAACUAUGCUCAGGAUGGACAAUCAGCUUCAACAGUUGGCCCCAACAGCCAUUCUGCUAGGAUUCGCCAUCCUUAUGAUAUGUUGUAGAACAAAUGCACUCAGAUACAUCACAACAUCACAGAUUCUUCCAUCGGAGUGCUGGCGUCAGAUUCAACUCGUGUCUGGUUGCCCCACACGAGAUCAAGAACAAGAUGAACUUUACUGGGCCUCCCUGAGUAGGAUGUGCUGCCAGGCCUACCCAGAAACAAUUCUGCACUGUCAGAUCAUUGCUGACAGCAUUUUUCCAGCCUGUUUUCGCAGAAUGACAGUGAAGAAAGGCUAUUUCAUGGAAAUAGAGGCCAACACCACUGGGAACCCUGUGUUAAAGGUUCGACCUUGCAGCGAGGGUUAUUUUGAAGUCAGGGAAAGACAAUCCGAUACUCUGAGGUACCCAUACUGCCUAGAGGGGAAGUCCACCUGUAGAGAAAACGGUCAGAUGCUGCUGUGUCGAGGCGGAAGUGAAGAGGAUGAUAUCUGCAUCUGCAGCCAUGACUACACGCCCCAUCCGAACACCUCAGACUGUCAGCGGGGGUUUAACCAGCACAGUGGGUGUCGGUGUGUGAAACAGCUUUGUCCCAAUGGAACGAGGCGACUCCUAUCAGAAAACAGUGAAAUUAGCUGUAAAAAUGUCUCGAGGGAGUUCAACUAUACUUGUUAUCCUAUUCCUGAAGAAGACAGUCUGAAACCCUGUGAUGAGGUAACCAAGAGCCACCCUGAUGAUGAACAAGACCAACGAAGGAAGAAAGGAGUCUUGGAGGAAAGAGGACAUUCCUACUCGUCAUCUGAUGUACUUAUAGCUGUGUUGACUUGUGUAGUAGUGAUAGGACUUGCUGCAGCUGCUGUAAUAUAUUUCUUAUGGAGAAGAAACUCUGGGACCUAUAUCAUCUUAAAUAAGCCAGAUCUGUUUAAAAAACCCACAGACGCUUGACGAAAUGUAAACUAUAGGUGUGUCCUUCUUGAAGAUCUUGGGCCUGUCCAGGUUGUAGGCUGAUAGCAAACAUUCCUCUAGUGCAGACCUGGGCAAACGCCGGCCCACGGGCCGGAUCCGGCCCGCCUCCUGUCUCUGACCGGCCCGCCCGCUGGCCCGCCCGCCAGUAUAUAAACUAUAUAUACAGUAUUGGGUAAAACUGAGUUAACUAUAUUAGUCCGGCCCUUUAAAACCAUCCCAGUUUCUCAUGCGGCCCCUUGGGAAAAUGAAUUGCCCACCCCUGCUCUAGUGGAAAAAGUGAGAUCUUAGUCGGAAAUAAUCUGGACAAAUGGAAAAAUUGUUAAGAAAAUGAAGCUCUGCAAAAUGCUUGUCCAUGAGGGCCUUGACAAAGCAAGCUUGUCCUAAAAUGAAAACAAAAAAACCACAUAGGAAUGAAAUCUUAAAGUUAGUACAAUGGUGUCACAGAUGACAAAAACCAGGAGAAUAUAAUAAAAAAGCGAUACAUCCAAAAAUGUCGGGACCUCAAAGUCCGAGACACAAGUAAAUAAACAAACUGCACCAUACAUGUUGGUUUUACGCUAUUGUCUGAAAUUCCACAUCUUUCUUUUCCCACCUCUCCACCCUCCCCCUCAAAAACCCCAUUGAUAUUACUGAAAAAUAUUACAGGCGCUGAUAACUUACAUUUCACACCCUUCCUUGGUAGUGUGUGCGGGCUAAUUUGUCCUUCUGGUCCCUAGAGUGUCACUGUCUAGUAUAACCUAUCUUUCUUCUUAUCUUCGAAUGCCUGCUAGCUGAAUCCCACACAAAGCGUACCAUAUGUUGUUCAAAAUGCAUCUUCAAAACAAAAGAACGUGGGCAUCUGAUGUCUUCAUUUUACUGUAUAAAUAUGGUUUUGGGUAUGUGUGGGAAAAUCAGGGUGUGGAAGAUGUGAAAGUGUAAUUCAGGGAGUUAAAACGAAGGCUUCUUGAUAACUGGUAUCAAGUUUGGCAUGGAAGUAUUAGAAAGUUUCAGUUGUAGAUCGUUUUCAUUUUAUCGAACCUUUAAAUCUACUUUUUCUUCAUGUAAAAUCUGAACAAUGUCCAGUACAUAGGGAUCGGUAAUGCUUAAACAUGUUUUUGACUCGGGGUUUCAUGUCUGAAGCCACAUUGUCUGCAUUUUGGGAACAACCAAACUGACAAUCCAAAUAUCCUGUCAUGUCCCUUCUGUUUCGGUGUUGUAGAGUCGGAAUUGCAAUUGGUAUGUCCAAAAUAUAUAGUGUAUUAAGAAAGAAAUUUAUACCUAAAAAGUAUUAUCACUAUCCAUCUACUUUCUGUUUAUCCGUGCUACUAGCAAAUACUAGUAAGCAUAUAGUUAAUGAUGUAGCAAAUUACAUGUAUGAGGCAUUUGAGCUACGAAAUUUAACUGAUAGGUUAUCAUACUGAUUGUGCAGCUUAGGAUGUAUGUUUUAUUGUAUCUUUUUAUAUUGUACUGCAUACUGUUUGGAUUCCCCUUGAAAUGGCCACAAGGCCUCUUCCAUCAAUCAACCUACUUUUUUCACUUUAGUGUUCUAUAGGUAACUUAUCCUGCUACCUUGUUAUCUUUCAAACCAAAAAAGCAAUCACUUACCCAAAGCUUUCAACAUAUGUGCUUGGCCAGUUUUAAAGAUUGUGUGUGAAUAUUUUGUAUAAGUACUGGAACUGAACCUGCGGAUGUAGUUAAGUAUAUACAUACGUGAUCCAUGUGUUUAUAUACAUUUUCAGUUGGAUGUAUUUAUAAUCUUACAUGUACUUGUGUGUCUUUGUGUAUGUGUGUGUGGGGGGCGCGUGUGUGUGUCCGAGCUCAUCUAUGUUUGCACCUUAUUGUUUUUUGUAUAUGUGUAUGGUUGAAUAUGUUUGCCAAGUACAACUUACAGUACAAUGCUGAGCAUUGCAGCCCGAGUACUGCUCAACUUUGUAUCCAAAAGAUCUAAAUAUGCAUAGAACUGUACAUGUACUUGAUAUUGAAUCACAUGGGACUGCAAGAAGCCCCCAAAUAUCUUGUAGGUAAAAUAUAUUAAAAUGUUUUCAAUGUAGGAUUGUUUGUAUACUUUUGAAGCUUCAACUCAAAAUAUUGAGCUUCAAGAGGGGGGGGGGGGGAACCCACACUCAUGUGAAGUAGCUAAAAUAUUUUGGAACAAGCUACUGAAAGUGUGACAUCUGUCAAAUAACAUCAAAUAAAGAGUGCUGUCGAAAUGGUCUUAGAGUGCCAGGUGACAUGACAAACCAGA